AUGGCUAUCGCCGGGGAGGGAGGGGCGGGCCCGGGCCAGACGCCGCCGCCGGCAGCAGGCCCCUCCCUUCGCCCCGGGAGCCCGGGGCUCGUCAUGGCUGCGCGACCGCGCCUACGAAGGAGCCGUCGCCGGGCGAUGACGUCGGAGCGACGCCCGCUGGCGGGGAAGCCGAGGCCGCGCUCUGGUCCAGCGAGAGGCGGGUCACAUGCUGUGAAGGGGUCGGAUCACGCGUGCCGGAGAUUGACCCGAGUUUGCGUCGCUUCAGAAGCACCAUCACAGCUCAGAACGAUGAUCGCAAGCGGGGCUUUAAGGGUCUUGCGGCCAGCGGCUGUCUGGAGGACCCUGGCCCCUCCUUGUGGCCUCCACACCUCUACCAGCCAGCUCAACUCCAAUCGCACCUCCAUCGCUUGUAUCCCGAGGGUGAAAUACACCAGGCUCUAUCCAGUCCUGCUGGUCAGACCCGACGGCUCAACCAUCCACAUUCGCUACAAAGAGCCGAGGCGGAUUCUUAUGAUGCCGGUAGACAUCAACACUCUCUCGGAAGAGGAGCGGAGGGCCCGGCUGAGGAGAAGGCACACCGCCAAGAUUAAAGUGAAAGAGGAAGUCCCGUUUGAAGACGACUUUAAUUUGGACGACUACAGGAAAUUUUGGAAGAAGAAAUGAGGCUCCUUUCGGGAGGUUUUUAGAGGAGA